AACGAGCAUGUUGUUUUGAUUCGCGAUUCAAUCUCCAGUAAACACGUGCAUUCGUAUUUCUUGUUAAAAAUUUAUUGAAAAUAGUUGGUUUUUUUCGUUUAUAUCAUGAAAAUCAAAGCGGAAAAGAAGGCAAAACCAGCGGACGUUAAGUUGCACAAGUUGAAAAAGUCCAAAAAUGACAUAGCAAAGCCGAAAGAGAAGAAAACUGGUGGCGCGUUGGCCGCUGCCGUCACUCCGCACACGUUUGCCGAAAAGAAAGUGCUGGCGGUCAAAAAGAAAAAUCAAAAGCAGCAGUUAGUAGAGUCAGUGAAGACGGCGAAAGUGCAAGCCACGGCAGGACAGAAAGUUCCACAGAAGAAAAAGGAUUUGAAGGCUAACAAGCAAAAGGAAGUUGCAAAAAAGGUGGCCGAUUCCGACCAGAAGGAUGCAUCGUCAGAGAAGACCAAAAGGAAGAGAAAGUGGAAGAAGAAGUCCAAGAAUGCACGGAACGAUCAAAAGGAAAAUGAAGUCGAAGAAACUUUGAUCAGCAAGAAAACAAUUACAACUGCCUUGAAGGCAUGUAAGAAAUCACUGGAUGAAGGAUUCGAUCAGAAAAAGAACCUCUUCGGAGAGGAUUUGAAGUACGGGUUGCAAAUCGCCGCGGUUAAGAUCCCAGAUGUACCCAGCAGAAACUGCAGAGUCCAACUUCCGAAUCCAAUUUAUCAAAAAGGUGACGACAUCUGCAUGAUUGUGAAGGAUUUGGAACGUGGUCGAAAGCAGGAUCAUGAGGAAACUUUAACCUUCUGGAAGGAGAAAUUGCGUGAGCUUGGAAUCGACUACAUUACCCAGGUUAUUCCGUUCCGUCAACUCAAACAGGACUACAAAGAGUACGAAAUGAAACUCAAGCUGGUUCAUCGGUUCGAUCGAUUUCUGGUGGAUGCCCGAAUAAAUGGUCAUGUUUUCAACUUCCUUGGAAAUAACUUUAUCCGACGGUGUAAGAACCCUACGCCGGUGAUUCUGGAGAAGGAUGAGAAGAUUGUCAAAAGUAUAGAAAAAGCUCUUGGUCGGUUCACGUACAAGCAAACCAACACGGGAAGGGUGACGGAAAUUCAGUUUGCCACACAUAAAAUGCCAUUGGACAAAGCGGUUGAGAAUGCUGAAUCUCUGCUGCAGGUCUUGAAAAAUCAAUACCCCGGAGGGUGGCAAAACAUCCGGACCAUCUAUCUGAAACCGAUGGUUGAUAUCCAGCUGACGUUCCCUCUGUAUGUGAGUAAAAUCGAUCCAAACUUGGUGCCGGUGCCGAAGAUUACUGGACCACGGGAACGCUUUGAGAAGAAGAUGAACGAACAGCUGCUCGAGGCCACCCAGGACAAGUACAAGUUCCAAGCGGGCAAUCUGGUUCGUAUGGCAUUUGAGAAACGGAAGCCAAAGAGUGCGAAGAGAAAGGCAACAAUGGACAAAGAGGAAGGUACAGUGGCAGCUGCGGUGUCCGGCAAUGCGCAAGAAGUAGGUAGCGACGAAGAGAUGGAGCAGGAUCUGGAAAAGGCCAGCGAUACCGAGCAGAGUGAUUUCGGUGAUAGUGACGAUGCUAAUUGAAGAAAUUGAUUUAUUGCCGGAAGGAAGAGGUAAGUGAUUUCUGAAAGCUAUCUCUGUUUCCACGUGUCCGUGGAAUCGGGAGAGAAUUAUUACCUUACUAUUUUUUUU